UAUAUGGAGCCUAAUAAAUUGGCUUUCGUAUUGAAAUUGUUCCUAGAAGUUAAAUGCGUAAAUGAAUUUCAAUACAAGCUAUUCUUCACACUCCUACAAAAAUUCAGUAUACUCUAGUUACACGAAUAAAUUUAUUUGUGAAAAACAAAGUCAAUUGCGUAUUGAAUCUUGUGUCCAGGUCUGAAUACGUGGAGACAGUUUCUGAUCAUUCCGAUCAGUCACGUUGAAGCUACAAUCUUGAUUGAAAUAUCACUGAAUGCGUGCUACAGUUCUUAACGUUAUGAGCUGGAAGAUUCGACAAAAUCCAUAAUACACUAUUGAUUCUAGCCACAAUGUUAAUGAGAAAAUCAACAAGAGUUAACUGAAUCCAAUUGCUCUAGUUUUAGAAUUCAAUGGAGAGCCUUUAACGUUUUUAUAAUCACAAAGCGCGUGUAAGCAAAAGGGUAGUGGAGUUCUUGCUUUAAUUAUCACCUUAUAACGCAGAUCGGAUGCCAGAUUCAUCGCGAAAUCAAAUGACGAGCUAUGCUCACCUUAUAUAGUUAAUUUCAACCAUGACACAGUGUGAAUCGAUCACGAGUCGUUUAGAUAUAACAUAAAUAUAAUGAAUAUAGGUAUAUUCCUCUGCGCGUGCGCAAUAUUCCAUUGGAUAGAAGUAUCAGCUAGUGAACCUUAUAAUGUGACAAGGGAAUGGAAUCCAAACCAUCGCCGGAAUCGCCAAAAACGCUUCCUAAUUUGGGAACAUGGUGGAAUUUUUAAAUUAGUUGUAGGUAUCGCCUAUCCUGUGAAUUUGGGUGAUAAGAAGCCAUGGCGGGCGCUUAAUUGUAAUUACAAUUUCCAAGCUCAAUUUGCUGUACCACAAAAACCAACUUAUUGGUGGGAUAAAUGGGAUGGAAGAUCCUUGGCUGAUGCUAAAUUGCAGUAUAACAAAGAUGGUACAUACCAUUCCGACGAGUCACGCCGCUUCAUCUAUGCCUUGCUGGAACUUUAUGCAGAUCGUAGGGGCAAGAAUGGAAAGCAAUGUUUGCUGCGAGCUAUUUGUGAAAACGGCGGAGUGGAUGACGUGGAGGGCAUUUAUGCUGAGUUGCUUCAAGUCGUUCUAAAUCCAGGUGAUGAUGCCGAUGAAGAAUAUAGAAAUGCUUAUAAAGCUGGUCGGUAUGGUGCCGUAUGUACAUCUUUAUACCCAGACUGUCCACUUGGCCAGGGGCUCUUUGAUGAUAUAUUCGUAACUGAAACCACGAAUUAUAUUGGGAAAACUAAAUAAUAAUUGAAUUUAUCAUCCCUGUGAAGGCGACCCGAUAUUUUCUAGAGAUAUUGUUACCAUCCAUGAAAUAAGUUUUCCUUAUUCUCAAAUAAUUAACAACAUACUUCUAUGUGAUAAAUGUACAGUUUUUUCCGGUAAUACAUGUUAUUGAAUUUGA